AUGACUCACCACUACGUUACUUACUGGCACCACGACGGCCGUCUCCACCACCAGACUCAUCACCAUGAGCAUGAUGCCCACAAGGAGUACGAGCACAAGAGAGCCCACGGACACUCAUGCGCUGUCCUGCAUCACGGCAACGUCGUCCACAUCCACCACGGUCAUCAUGGUCACCAGUUCGAGCAUGAGAUCAAGCACCACUUCAGCCACCACGGCUGG